CAAAAUUUGGAGAGUAAUCUCACCAACCUUAUUAAGAGGAAUACUGAACUGGAAACUCUUUUGGCGAAACUCAUUCAGACCUGUCAACAUGUAGAAGUAAAUGCAUCCCGCCAAGAAACCAAGCUGAUGGAAGAAUGUGACCAGCUCAUUGAAAUAAUCCAGCAAAGACGACAAAUAAUUGGAACCAAAAUCAAGGAAGGAAAGGUGGUGAGGUUGAGAAAACUGGCUCAGCAGAUUGCGAACUGCAAACAGUGCAUUGAGCGCUCAACAUCCCUCAUCUCUCAGGCUGAACAGUCGCUGAAGGAGAACGAUCACGCUCGCUUCCUGCAAACUGCGAAAAAUAUCACUGAAAGGGUUUCCAUGGCAACUGCAUCCUCCCAGGUUCUAAUUCCUGAAAUUAAUCUCAACGAUACUUUCGAUACUUUCGCACUUGAUUUUACCAGGGAGAAGAAAUUGUUGGAAUGCCUUGAUUACCUUACAGCUCCCAACCCACCCACCAUUCGAGAAGAGCUCUGUACAGCUUCUUAUGAUACCAUUACUGUCCACUGGACGUCAGAUGAUGAGUUCAGUGUGGUCUCUUACGAGCUGCAGUACACCAUCUUCACCGGACAAGCUAAUGUUGUUAGUUUAUGCAACUCAGCCGACAGUUGGAUGAUUGUUCCCAAUAUCAAACAAAACCACUACACGGUGCAUGGGUUACAGAGUGGCACUAAGUACAUCUUCAUUGUUAAGGCCAUCAAUCAGGCGGGCAGCAGAAGCAGCGAGCCUGGAAAGCUCAAGACAAACAGUCAGCCAUUUAAACUGGACCCCAAAUCUGCUCAUAGAAAAUUGAAAGUGUCUCAUGAUAACUUGACAGUAGAACGUGAUGAAACAUCCUCCAAGAAGAGUCACACACCAGAGCGAUUCACGAGCCAAGGGAGCUACGGAGUAGCUGGCAACGUGUUCAUUGACAGUGGGCGGCAUUACUGGGAAGUGGUUAUAAGCGGGAGUACGUGGUAUGCCAUCGGUAUUUCUUACAAGUCAGCACCAAAGCACGAGUGGAUCGGGAAGAAUUCUGCCUCCUGGGUGCUUUGCCGCUGCAAUAACACAUGGGUGGUGCGACACAACAGCAAAGAAAUCCCCAUCGAGCCUGCACCUCACCUCCGGAGGGUUGGGAUUUUGCUGGACUAUGACAACGGUUCCCUUGCUUUUUAUGAUGCUUUGAACUCCCUACACCUUUACACUUUUGACAUUACAUUUGGGCAGCCGGUGUGCCCCACGUUCACUGUGUGGAAUAAGUGUUUGACCAUUAUAACUGGCUUGCCUAUCCCUGACCAUCUAGACUCCUCUGAGCAGCUCGCAUGACUUCUAAAAGCCGAAAGGUAGGAUGACGUGUCUUCCCAGGGUGGCCAGAUGGCUGCCCACAGAAGCUUACCUGGAGCUGGUGGACCACAUGGCAUCCCGGCCAUCGCUGCCGAAUCCAGCGAGAACUGAAAAGGGGAGAAUAUCUCUUUACUGUGUACUCUGUACAGAAGGACAAGAAGUGGCUUUAAUAAUAUCUUAGAACUUUCUUUUGCUGUUGGGUUUUUUUUCAGUUGGUUUUGUAUUUAGUCUCUUACAGGAAGAUUUAUAAAUUAUUUAUAAAAAC